UCUAAAUUGGUUCCUGAAAGUUUAGAUAAGCUACAUGUAAAUCUUGGCUAAACUCAACAUUUAUACGUGUACAUAUGGGAUUACUGGCACUGACCACUGUCAGAAUUAUAAAAAGUAUGAUGAAUUUUCACCAAGCAUCAUUACAUGGUCUCUGUUUAGCCAUCUCUAUGGUGAUGUUAUUCCAACCAGUUUUUACAGAAGAGGAACACCAUAUCAAAGUUGGUCCACCUGCUAGCCUCAUCAGGGACAGGACUCAUAUUCAAGACAGAGAUCACAUCAGAUCCCAUCUUCAAGGUACAUUAGACGUUGAUGCCAUUGACAUGUCUCCUCAAAGACUGCAGUUUCAUUACUUCCACUCCCAUGACAUGGACCACAACAGGAAACUAGAUGGUCUGGAAUUGAUGCAGUCCAUUCUACAUGUGGAUGAGGGAUGGAAGAAUACCAGAGGAGGAGGAGGACAUCAUGGUGGGGUGAUGUCAGAGGAGAGGAUCAUUGAGAUAGUUGAUGUAAUCUUGGAGGAUGAUGAUAUCGACCAGGAUGGUUAUGUGGAUUAUAUAGAAUUUUCUAGAGGACUUGAUGAUGGAUCAACAGAUGAAGAGGAGGAUGAUUAUGAUGAGGAACAGGAUUACUACAAUGAUGAGGAUUAGUUAGGAUGAAUAUAUUAAUUAUUGAGUGCGGAAACUGCAAGCAAAUAGGCCACAUUUGCUGGUUUCCCUGACAAUGGUUUUCUCAUUGGAGCAUGUGAUGAAGAAACCUGACCAUAGAAAGCAGGGAGUUCGGUACUUGCCUGUAGGCCCUAUAUACAUGUAUACCACCUUUCUCGUCUUCCUUGGCGGUCUUUAUCACACAGGACUCAAAAUUCAGCAUCAUGUGGGAGAACUGAAGGAGAUGCAAAGAUGGAUAUAGUAGCAAGAUCCUAAAGUUAUAGAAAUAAACAUGAGAAUACUCCUGGAUUCAAUAUUUUGUGAAGAUUACCACAAUCCAGAAAAAAAUGUAACUAAUGAAGAAUUUAGGAUUCAUACAUGAAUGAUAUUGAUAUGUAGAUAAUGUGUGCUUAUUGUGUGAAAUGUACUGAAAAUCCUUUUGACAGUAGAUAUCACAAAAACCAGUAUUGUAUUUUUCCUUUGUAAAUAAGAAGAUAUUGUGUUUUGUCGAGUGAAUUUGGUUUUAGGGACAUAAAAAAUCCAGCCUUAUAUACAUGUAUCAAUCUACCAAUACUGUACUCUUAUAACUUUCAUAUUUCAAUUUUCUUAUGUAUAGAAUGCCUUUAUGUAUUUUAAUUGUAUUGUUAUUUAUACAUCAUACAUAUUGCUACAUUUACUCUAAUAAUUACAUGUAUAUACAUGUAGAUCAUAGAUGUAAAUACUGUAAAAGCUUAAUUUUAAUGGUGAAUUUAUUUUCACAUAUUUGGAUCUACCAAUAUCAAAUUUCCACUUCUGCAUACAUGUAUAUAUUGCCAUUUUACACAUGAAAAUAACACCAGAAUCAUUAAAAUCAUAUAUACUGAAUGUGUCCAAAAUAGUCAAAAUAUAGUACUCAAAACAUUACCUGAAUACAAAAAGUAACACCUUUCCCUUUGAAUGUAAAAUUUGUAUGUACAGUGUAAAUGUAAUAUUUAUCUUCAAAUGUUUGGUGUACAUGUAUAUUGGGUUUGUAAAGCAUGUUACCAAAGUCUGUGAUGCGUUUUUAUCAGGAAUCCUGCUGUCGUGAUGAUCUAGUAUCCAACUUUCUCAUUCAUUGUCUGACUUCUUUCAGACUCUCUCCAUUUCGUAAAAGCAUCUUUCCUGCAUUUAUCAUUGUUUGUCUAUAAUGAAAUUUAAGCACUGAUGAUGAAGUAUGCUUUUAGGAAUCCCAUGUUUGUCUACGAUUGAAAGUAAGAAUUAGUGAUGAAGAAAAUAUGCUUUCAAGAACCCCAUUCGAAAGACAUGGCUCUGACUUUAGGUGUAGUGGACAGUGCACUUGACUUGUUUUUCCAACAAGUUGAGAUUCUGUAAUUCACUAUCUGAAACCCUGAACAUUGAACUUUUCUCUAAUAAAUAUCAAGAAUAAUAUUUCCUUCAUAUGUUUCCCACUAUGUAGAUUUAAGGUUCUUUAAGUUGUGAGUCAAGAAUAUUAAGGCUGCAAUUGCAUGUUUUCUUUGUCUCCGUGUCCUUUUAAUGUAGCCACAUACGAGAGCAUCUUGAUGGUAUAAUAGACAUUGAUGGCAUCCAAGAGAGUGAGAUGACAGAGAAACAACUCCAACUUCACUACUUCAAACUCCAUGACUAUGAUCAUAAUAACAGACUUGAUGGUCUAGAGCUCCUCAAUGCUAUGACACAUUAUCACCAUGACGGCGCCCCCAAUGCCGAGCCACUUAAGGAAGAUGACCUUAUGAACCUGAUUGACCCUAUUUUGAGAGAUGAUGACAAGAAUAAAGAUGGGUAUAUUGACUAUAUAGAAUAUGCUGCGACACAGUCUUAAAGAGAAAUUCCAGUAGUUGCAGUAAACACUGAUUUCAUGAGAAAGUCUGUAAAACCAGGCUUCAUUGUCAGUAUAUCAUCGAGGAUCUAGAUCUGGUACAGUUACAUAAACUGAACUUUGUGAAAUCUUGAAAUCUACGCUGAAAAAUGUUCAGACUGAACUUCCCCAACACAGAUAAGCGCACGUGGGACAGUGUAUAAUUAUUGCUUUGAGCGAAUCCUGUGCUUAUUUGCUGAUUUCUCAGCAAUUACUCAAUUUCUUCCAGAAUUCUUUGGCACAUGCGUUUUAUUUAUACAAACAGACACUUUGGUGGUCAUUUCAUUGGAUUCUGUACGAACUCAUUUUGAUAUCGUUACCAAAACUAGCAUUUACCUUUAAUGAUGACAAUAAUCAGGAAAGAGACAAAUUUUAUUUUAGGUUCAAAACUUUUGAUUAAAUAUCAUUCCUUUUCAUGGCUGGGCUUACUUUUAUUGGUAUUUGUCAAUGACAUGUAAUAAGCUGAAUUAGAAUUAGGGAAAUAAUGGCCCCUAUUCUCAAAAGUGGUUUCAAUUGUACCAGGGUACCGAGCCAUGGACUGCAGAUAUCUUGUAUUAUUGUGCUUCAAUUAUGUACCAUUUGCCAGAAGUAGGCAUUUAUAAUUUGACUCUUCUUUAUAGUGUAUGUGAUGAAAUGAGCGUAUUACAUUGUAUGUACUCAAAAGUCUCAAAUCUGCAUAUUCCAUGAUUUUGUACCAUGAAACAAUUGAAGCCUCUUGAGAAUACGGGUCUACAUGUAUAUGUAGAAUCUAACAUUUUUUGUGGUAUGGUAUAUUUUUGGCACCUGAAAAUGUAGUCUUUUAUUUCUAAAAAGAAUAAUCAUUCUAAACGUAUCCAACACAAAGCUUUUCGAAUUUGAUAACCAUAGUUAUAUUUAUUUUUAUGUGGGUAGAUAUUAAUUGGAAUAUGUAUAUGUUAUUGAUUAUACUUAAUGUAUGGUGCUAUUUUUGGUUGGUGAACUCAAUUAUUAUUUUUUUUUUUAUAGCCUACAUUUAUCUUUAGUUUUGGUAAAUCCCCCUAUGAGUACAUGCCACUAUUCCAUUUCAUUACUAGAUCAUAUUAAUGCAUGUGUCCUAAAACAGUUGUGAUGUGAUGGAUAUAAACUAAAAAUGUUUUUUUAUUGGAUAAAUUUACCAAAUUUACAUCAGAGUUAAUUUGAUUUGGUGCCCAAUCAAAAGAAUAUCUGUAUUUUGUCAUGUUUAUAUAAAAUACCUCAUCAAGCAUGGAAUGGGCUGAAAUUUCAGGAUAUAAUCUUAGUUGGUUGCUUUCUAAUAUCCAAUUACAAAAUAUGUAAAGUGUACACUCAAAAUGACAUUCCAUAUAAAAUUAUAAACAUUACUUAGAGAGGAUGCUAGAUUUGAAUUAAAAUCAUAGACAUAAGUCACAUCAUAACAGCUGGAAAAUGCCAUACUUAAGUUCUAAUGGAUAUAAUAUGUAUCCAUUGACUACCAAGCUCUUGUUAUUUGGUUGAUGAUAAUCAAGUAUAGUUCACAUUACUGACGAUUUACUAUUAAAAAAAGCUAAAGACAUGCUUUAAUGAUGAACAAUUAAGGCUUUGUGAUAGCAUUACGCAUUAUUACAAGAUGGAUACAUUCUUUUCUUGUCUUCUUUUACCAAUAUAUUAAUCACUAUUCAGUAUUUUGCCUUUGUUAAGAUAUGAUAUUACUGGUUAAAUUUUUGAACAAUUUAGAAUUGAUUAAUGCCAGAAUAGACAGGGAAUGAAGAUAUAUCAUACAUUGCAAUAAUGUAAGUCAAAAGCAAGAUAUUUCAUUCAACAGGAUAUUGUAUUUGUACCAUUCUUAAGUUUUUUUUUUUAAGGUCACAUAUUUUCAAUAGCAAUUCCCAAUUUUCAGUGACUUGUAUCAAAUAUUGAAGAGUCAUGUAUAGGGCAUUGAUAUGUGUUUUGAUAGUAAAGCUAACAGUACCGGUAUAUGAACAUUUAUAUAAGAGGUGCCUUUCAAGUUUAAAAGUGCUUAAUAGAGUUUAUUUUAUUUAAUGAAUAUCUGUAUCUUUUCUUUACAAGUGAAGCAUUUUUCUUUUUGCUUCAGUUAUAAUGUGCAUUUGAUCAUCUUUUAUGAUUUUAAUUACAUUGUAUAAAUAAUUUCAAUGUUAUAUGUAUCUCUAGUUUCCUCCUUUCUUCAUGUUGUACUCUUACAUGUUAAACCAGGUUCCUGUUCUAAUACAGAGUUAAAUAAACAUCUAGUAAUUCCUUGUAAUACAAUGAGAAGCAUCUGUAAACCAUUACAUCAGCAAAGAAUUCUAUUUUGAAUGGGGAAAAUCAGGGGCCCGUUUCAUAAAGUACUUGCAACUGUUUUAACUUUGCCAUUAUUGCAUCUACCAUGGUAACAGGACUCAGCAGCCAAUCAUAAUCAAGGUUUCCAUGGUAGUUGCCGUUAUGGCAAAGUUACAACAGUUGCAAGUCCUUUAUGAAACGGGGCCCCAGAUGAUCAUUUAAUAAUCAACAAUUGUUCUGAGCGCAUAUAUAGGUUAAGUUUGCAUUUUCAGAUAUUUCCUGAUUUAAAUUACUUUUUUUUUUUUUGGGGGGGGGGUGUAUCGUCUCUCACACUUAUGUAUGUAUCAAUUUGUGUGUAGAUUGCUAUGAAGAUGUUUUUAUUUCAAUAAUGAUUGUGGUGGUGGUAAAAAGUUAAAAACUAGUACUUAAUACCAGCUUUUGUAUCAAAGACAAGUACAGUGUAUUAUGCUUUAAAGUGAAGAAGAUAUUCUUCCAUAUUGUAAGUGCCUUUUGAAUACAUUAUGCAUUAUCAGUGAUUUCAUCUGUUAUAUAGUCUUAGGAGAUGUUGCAAGAUACUUCUUUGCACUUGAUUGCAAAUUUCAAAUCUGCAAGUGAUAAAAUAAAUAAAAGAUGAAUACCUGCCAUAAAACACAAAUUUGCAUUUAAUUGCAAGACUAAUAAUUAACACACAUUUGGCUAAUGACGACGCCCACCGAUCAGAGCCUACAGGUAAACUCAUAUCUUCCAUAUAUUGUAUAACUUCCGAGACAAGUUCUGACUGUAUGAUUAUUGUAUAUCUUUACAGGCUCCUUAAAAGGGAAUCGCAUGACAUGAUUUUUUUUAAGGUUUGAAGUUUGAUAAAUUUACAAAAAUUACAAGUCUGUAGCCAAUUGCCUAUAGCAGAUGGCACUGCAUGAUCAUUGUACAUGCACUGUAGGCUGUGAUGAUACAUGUAGGUAGACAAUGUCGUAAUGGUAUGAUUUUGGGUAGAGGGGGGGACUCCAUAAAUUGUACCAUUGUAUGAUAUCUGUAAAGACUGGAUGAUUGUCAGAUAUCCCCAAUAAGCACACAAGUAUGAAAUAGAGACUUAGAAUUGAUUGCAAUGCCCAUUAAUUUAAAACUUUAUCUCUGUAUUAAACCUGUGUGUGAAUCACCAAAGAGUAAUGAAUACAAUAUCAGUUAUUUCUUUUAUUUUAUGUCCAACAUAUAUGCUGAAUAGUCUUGCCCAGUUGAAAUAUCAAAUGUGAUUUUCACAUGUGUAUUCAGUGUGAUGUUCCAAUACAAGAAGAGGGAAACUACAAUUGUUAAAAAAAUAAAGAGAAAGGAGGAAAUUGUA